GCCGCCAUGGCAACCGCCCGUCGCCGCCACGCGCGCGCGUCCCUCUCUCCUUCCCCCCCAUCCCCCUUUACCCACCGCUCGACCCCCCCCCCCAGUCCCCACGCCCCCCUUCCUCGCUCUGCUUGAGCGCAGAAGGACCGCGUCCCCCUCCCCGCUCCGCCGGCGCCGGGACACGCACCCCGCUCCUCCCAGGUUUCUGAGAGAAGAUGAAUUUGGCAGAGAUCUGCGACAAUGCCAAAAAGGGAAGAGACUAUGCACUCAUUGGGAAUUAUGACUCUUCUAUGGUGUAUUACCAGGGUGUCAUCCAGCAAAUCCAGAGACAUUGCCAGUCGAUCAGAGAUCCAGCAAUUAAGGGCAAAUGGCAACAGGUUCGGCAAGAAUUAGUCGAAGAAUAUGAGCAAGUUAAGAGCAUUGUCGACACUUUAGAGAGUUUUAAAAUGGACAGACCUGCAGAUAUCCCUGUGUCCUAUCAAGAUGAGCCUUUUAGAGACCCUGCUGUUUGGCCACCUCCAGUUCCAGCUGAACACAGGGCCCCACCUCAGAUAAAGCGUCCCAACCGAGGAGCAAAGCCCUUGAGGAAGGAAUCCCCGGGCCUGCAGCCCCGUGGGCCCGUGGGCAGAGCACAGCCAGCAGUGAGGAGCGACAAACCUGCAGGCAGCCGUGACAGGGAGCCGAGGGCCAGAGGGAGGGAUGACAAGGGAAAGAAAAUACCCCAGGAAGGUGUUGCUGAUGAUGUUCUAAGAUUUGAUGGAGCGGGUUAUGACAAAGACUUGGUCGAAGCUCUUGAAAGGGACAUUGUGUCAAGGAAUCCAAGCAUUCACUGGGAUGACAUAGCAGAUUUGGAAGAAGCCAAGAAAUUAUUAAGAGAAGCUGUUGUUCUUCCAAUGUGGAUGCCUGAUUUUUUCAAAGGGAUCAGAAGGCCUUGGAAGGGCGUGCUGAUGGUUGGUCCACCUGGUACUGGCAAAACAAUGCUAGCAAAAGCUGUUGCUACAGAAUGUGGAACAACGUUCUUCAACGUGUCUUCCUCUACGCUGACAUCUAAAUACAGAGGCGAAUCUGAAAAGCUUGUCCGCCUCUUGUUUGAAAUGGCAAGGUUUUACGCUCCAGCAACAAUCUUCAUUGAUGAAAUUGAUUCAAUCUGCAGCCGCAGAGGCACAUCCGAUGAGCACGAAGCGAGUCGCAGAGUCAAGUCAGAGCUGCUUGUGCAAAUGGAUGGGGUAGGUGGUGCUUUGGAGAAUGAUGACCCUUCCAAGAUGGUUAUGGUAUUAGCUGCUACAAACUUUCCUUGGGAUAUUGAUGAAGCUCUCCGACGGAGACUGGAAAAAAGGAUUUAUAUACCUUUGCCCACAGCAAAAGGCAGAGCAGAACUACUUAAGAUUAAUCUUCGGGAAGUAGAACUGGAUCCUGACAUCAGCCUUGAGGAAAUUGCUGAGAAGAUUGAAGGCUAUUCUGGUGCUGACAUCACUAAUGUCUGCAGGGAUGCCUCUUUAAUGGCAAUGAGACGGCGUAUUAACGGCUUAACUCCAGAAGAGAUUCGGGCACUUUCUAAAGAGGAACUUCAGAUGCCAGUUACCAAGGGGGACUUUGAGUUGGCUCUGAAGAAAAUCUCCAAAUCUGUUUCUGCUGCAGACCUGGAGAAGUACGAGAAAUGGAUGGCGGAGUUUGGAUCUGCUUAAUCUCACCGACAGCUUUCCAUUGUAAGAGUUUUAUGGCUCUUGUUGUUUUCACUUGCAAUGUGAGUUAGAAAUCUUUUUAAAGGUUUAAUAAAAGGUCUGCCGUUCUCCCUGUCCCACCCCCACCCCUUCCUGGUGACAAGAUCUUUUAAACUCUAUUUGCCUUUAAAGGGACUGAACAUAAUAACAAGCUGAAACGGUUAAAAUAAAAACAAAAAAAAUAAAAAAUAAUGCCUGAAAUAGUAAAAGCAGACAAACAGGAGGGGAAUGAAUAUACUUCUGAGAAUAAUCACCUUAUUUUCCCAACGAAGAGCAGUGCUAUUUACCUCCUUACACUCAUCUUUCGUGGCUAGAAUCAAUAAAUCAGCUGGGGGAUGUGGCUCCACAGGAGCUAACAAGGGCUCGCUUACCCCCUGUUCCAAGUGCUGUGUUCUGUUGGGUUGCCGACUCCGCCUCCCCCAAACGUGGCAUCGAAGUUGCUGUUCCCUGGUGCUGUUUUCUGCUUGGAUUUCCAGAGCAAAAGCCUGAGGAUUAAUUGGCAUUUACACAGAGGAAGUGAGGAUCAGUUUUCCAUCAAGAUGCAGGCUCAGCUCUCCUCUCUUGUACACCCAUUUGGCUUUGAUGUCACUUCAGAUUGGAAUGAUGUUACCUGUGACUUCUCCUAAUGGAAAUGAGAAGGAGAGGAAAAGACCUUGAUUGCUUUCAUUCCAUGCUGAAUAUGGUUUGUACCACUUUGACCUGUAGGCACUUUGAAGUUUGACCAGUAGGCACUUUGACUUUAUAUUGUGCUUUUAUGUAGAAUCUUGAAUUUUGCUUUCUAAAUAUUAUUUAAAUAACAGUAGUGAAAACACUAAUAUGUCCUUAAAAUGUGUGGCUGUGGACUUCCAGGUCCUCUAGUUAGGCCUGAGUCCUUUCCCAGCUUUACUAAGCAAUGGUAUUUGCACUUGUUUAUGUCACAGAACUAUUUUUGUUAAACUCCUUAAAUGAAGGUUUCUUAAAAUGUAUAAAUGCAAUUAAUUUAGGGGAAUUAAUCUGUACAAUCUCUUACAUGUUCUUACGUGUUUCUUCCUGCCCCAAGUACAAGUGCAGGGAUGAGAAGGGUUAGGUUAUAAACUAUAGCAUGAUAAAUCCCCUCUGGAACAUAACUGUCAUGCUGACAGUAUGGACUUCUCGCAGCCUCAGACUGUGUGUCUGACUCAUGUAGGUUUCCUAAUGUAGGAAUGGGAAGGAUAGGUAAAAUUUACAGAGGAAUAUGGAAGCUCUGAAAUUCUUGGUGAUUUUGUAAGCAUGACACGAAGUGUCUUGGUAGAUCUGAGCUGUUCUGCAGUUGGGUGGGUUCUGCACCCUCUGGCUCUCUGCUGAGACUCCUGGUGACAUAGCCAGGUGUCGUAGGCUGGAGUAAGAAAUUGCUCUUGCUCAGAAAUGAGGCCAAGUAUUCAGAAUCGCCUACCAUGUCUUGGAUGGGAGUAUAUAUUUUUUUACUAGUGCUUGGUAGUUCCAAAUAAUGUUUGUAAUCCAGCACGUUGGUCUUUUGGGCCAUGACGUGUGAACCACUAACAUAAAUGCUGCUUUAGUGUGUCUGCUGUUCAGGAGCAAGGACAGUCAGGAUAUGUGCUUGACAACUCUGCAGCAUCCUUCUGAUUAUGCGAGCAACUUGUGUGGUUGUAGUAUCUUCUCUACUUUGUCAGCAAUCCUUUUUUCUUUCUUUCUCUGUAAAGACCACAGCUUGGAUGGAUCAUGCCAUUUUAAAGGGCUCCACUAAUUUGCAUGGAGAAACACCACAGAGAUUCUGUAAAUCCUGCAUUUGACACAAGACAGCUGGGGCUGUAGAGGCCUGCUUUUAUGUGGCCUUUCAGAAAUAUACUUUCCCCCAGACUGGUUGAAAUACAACUUCUGUCCCAAUCUUUCCAAGGAUUCCACUGGCUUUGUUACAUUCUUGACCAGUGAGAUUAGAGCAGGAAGAACAUCAGCUUUUCCCUUUUCACCUACAGAGAGAAAAUAAGAGCUCCAGUCACUUUUUGCCUGCCCAGUUUGCACCAACUGCACAGUAUAGUCUUUGCUCUUCAUAAUAUCUGCAACUGUUAGAAUGAAGCACUUCUGUCUGCCCUGGAAGAUGAGCAAGUGCAAAGCUGCAUUUGUCUCUAUCAUUUUUGGGUAAAUUACUACCAGGGCCAGCCUGUUCCUCCCAGGGAAUAGCUGGACCUUUAUAGAAGGAAAGCUUUGAAAGCGUUGCCACAGUGUGUCAUUUCUUCCUUAUGAAAGCUGUAGGCUGCAGCUAUUAUUCUUUUUUCCUUUUUUUUUCUUUUUGUUUUACUGCAGUAGAAAUGAGGAAAGCUGUAAGAGUCUUCUGCGGCCAGUGCCAGAUUAGCACUUCAGGGUUUCUCACUAGUGAGACAAGUACUGCCCAAGGAGCUUACUCUACACAGGCAAGAUCUAGAAGGAAAUAGACAUGAAUGCCUAUAACUCACACCAUUCAUCUGCCUGAGAGCAUUGCUGGAUUCAGCAGUUGCUACUUAGGAAGACGUAAGUACCAGCUUUCUCAGUUUCAUGUUGCAAGCAGCAGGGCCCUUGCUGCUGUUGAAAGCACAAUGUUUAGCAGAAAUGUCAUUUCUUGGCUUUUUGAUGAACCUUCUCCCUUAAGGUGUUGAACUAACCUCUUGCACGGUAAGCAGAAUACACUACACUGGACAUUCCUUCUAGUUGGAAUUAUUUGGGUGCUGCAGCCUUUCUCUAAAGAUCAUGAUUUGUACCUUAAAAGUGUUUUUUUUUUCUGUACAGAUCCGUUCAUUCUUUUCUACUGCAGAAUAGCAAAGUGGAAGUUUCCAGGCCAUAGAUAUUUGUCUAGGUGAUGGCUGUGCCCGAGUGUUACAGGGGGCCCCUGUAGAUUAGGCACCCCACAAGACAGAGACCAUCUCUAUCAUGCCAAGACUCUUCAGUGUAGGUGUCUGGCCCUAAUGCUGACCCUUUCAUCUCCACCCAGUCUCACCAUUGCACUCACCUAGGUGGGCUUGAAGAUUGAAUCGUUGCCUCUGGAAGAGAGCCAACAGUGGGAUGUAGCAAGGCACAAUUAGGGAAGGGAGGCCAGGCUAACAACGGGAGGAACGCGAGACCCAAAUGAUGAGCUUAUGGCUCAGUGCAAGUCCAGCUCAUGUCCCUUUGGGGGAAAGCCUUGUUUAAGGGUGCUUGAUUCAUUAGGGAACAGUGUACUAGCAUCUCAGCCUGCUGCAACAAUUUGUUUGCUCUGUGUAUAGAGCUGCAUACACACCUGUGUGUGUAUGUGUAUACGCACACAAGUUUGUACCUAUGUGACAUAAAAUCAAGUUCUAAAGCUGUGUUUACAUGUCUCUUUCUAAAUGUUUGUGAAAGCCCUCUUGGGUGGCACUGCUAAUUUUUGUACAAUAAGCAGUUUGAUUGUAUGAGGUAAUAAAUGUACAUAUAGAGUC